ACAUUAUUACAAUUGGCAAUUGCUGCCCAAAACACCCCAUAUAUUAGAUACCUCUUAUUGAAAGGUGCCAACAUCAACAUGCCGGAUUGCGAAGAAAUCACUCCACUCCACAAAGCUGUCUCUAUUGGUUCUUUGGAUAUUGUUCAACUUUUAGUUUCAUGUGGUGCCAAUAUCAAUGCCGCUGAUGAAGAAGGUGAUACUCCAUGCCACUACGCCAUUCGUGAUAAACAACAAUCAAUUCUCUCUUAUCUUUUAUCAAAAGGUGCCGAUGUUAACUGUAUUAACGAAGAUGGUGAAUCUCUUUUACAUUUCUCCACAGCUUUCGGUGAUUUCGAAACCUCAAAAAUUCUUUUAAAUUAUGGUGCUUGUGUUUCACUCCCAGAUAAUGAAGGCGUUACUCCAAUU